AUGGGGCAGGUGAUCGAGUACCUUCCUGAUCGUUUGUAUCUUGGCUCGUACCUGAGUCCGCCCGACGCCAAUACGCUCUUCCCCUACAGCGCCUCCGCCUCCAAGUCGCCCAGCAAGAGAUCACGGGCCCUCGCGUCCGACGCUGCCUCGUCGGCCGCAUCCAAGCCCGAACCCUACUACUUCACUGUAGACAAUUCGCUCCUGUACAACGCCUUCCACCACGACUUUGGCCCGCUGCACGUCGGUCACCUGUACCGUUUUGCCCUGCACUUUCACGAGAUCCUCGCUGCCACUGAGAGCCAACAGCGCCCAGUCAUUUUCUGGAGCCGCGCUGACCCAAGAAGCCGCGCCAACGCUGCUUGCUUGCUCGCUUGCUACAUGGUGCUUAUCCAGUCGUGGCCACCACAUUUGGCGCUUGCGCCACUUGCACAGGUCGACCCCCCAUUGAUGCCUUUCCGCGACGCGGGCUACAGCCAGGCCGACUACGGCAUCACUGUUCAGGAUGUUGUCUAUGGUGUGUGGAAGGCAAAGGAGGAGGGCUGUUGUGUGUUGGACAACUUUGACCUGGCCGAGUACGAGCAAUUUGAGCGUGUCGAGCAUGGCGACUUCAACUGGGUCACUCCCCACUUCCUGGCCUUUGCUUCUCCCCAGCACACCCCCGUGGCCCGUAUUACAGAGGACUCGGAGUUGUAUGCCUCCUUGCCACGGACACUGGACGCCGUGGACUCCCACCCGACUCUGCCACAGCCGUUCAAGAAUGUGCUGCGCCACUUCUCCGAGCGCAACAUUGGCCUUGUCGUGCGCCUCAACUCGCAGCUUUACUCACCCUCGUACUUUGAGGCUCUCGGGAUUCAGCACCUCGAUAUGAUCUUUGACGACGGCACGUGCCCACCUAUGUCGACGGUGCGCAAGUUCAUUCGCCUCGCGCACGAGAUGAUCACAGUCCGCAAGAAGAACAUUGCCGUGCACUGCAAAGCUGGCCUUGGCCGGACAGGCUGCCUCAUUGGCGCUUACCUGAUCUACCGCUACGGCUUUACAGCCAACGAGAUUAUUUCUUUUAUGCGCUUCAUGCGGCCCGGCAUGGUCGUCGGCCCUCAGCAGCACUGGCUGCACCUGAACCAGGGUGCGUUCCGUGAGUGGUGGGUUGAAGAGCGCCUGGAGCGCAGACUACGCCGCGAAUUUGCUGCGGCACAGGCCGCUGCCUCGGCCAACCCCAACAAUUUGCCUAGUACGCCCAUUCGCGCCAUGCAGAAAGCCACGCUCGGCCGCUCCCAGUCGACGUCCACACCCCCGAACCGGUCGGCCUCGGGCCGGACACCUCUCAGCGAGAUGGACCAGGAGCGCAACAAUGUCGCGCAGGAGGACUACCUGCCGGCACCAACCCCUGGUCAGCCGCGCAAGAGCGCUCGUGCCGACCGUCACCACCCGUACUCGCGCAGCAAGACGGGCAGCUAUAGCACAUCAACCGGCACUGUUGAAGAAGAGGAUGCCGCUGCCGCCACCCUGGGCGACGAGGCUGAGCUGUUUGCCAUUCUGCAGGAGAACGGUGGAGACGAUCAGUCCAGCCGGGGCAGCCGGGGCACCGACUCGGAGGAAGAGAUCCACCUGCGCAUGCGCAUGCACCGCAAGGCGAACGCUACUGCGUCGUCUUCCCCCGACGCCAGCCGCCACGCGAAGUCACGGUCGACUAGCUAUAGCAGUCGAAACACUGUCACUGCGACGUCUACGACCAUGACGACGACGACAACCACCGCGAUCCACGAGAACGAUGCGUCUUUUGACGCCGAGAACAUUGGCUCAUCAACCAGCCGCGUCAAGUCCAUUCAGGAAGUCCAGGGCCGCGAGCACCGCUCGACCUCCGCAUCGGGCGUCCUGGCCAAGGUCCGUAGCUCGGACCGCAGCGGAAGCCAUGCCAGCACAAAGCGGAUGCCCGGCGCUCAGCCGACUGGCAUUCGUAAGACUAGCAGCCGCGUCGCUAGCGGUGGAAAUGCCGCGACAGCAACAGCCAUGGCCUCGGCCGCACGGAAAAUUUCAAGUGUUCAGUAA